UUCGCCUUCGCCUCUAUUUCUCCGACAAUGUUUCCCUCUCCUCUUCUACUCCUUGUUUUCCUCGUCCCUUCCACCCCCUUCUCCUUCGCCGACUCCGAUAACUCCUCCCCUGCAAUAUUCCUCUCCGUCUGCGGCAAAAACCAAACGCAAAACGCCGAAAAGUUCGACAUCAACUUCGUCGACGCCAUGGAAAAAAUCUUCCAAAAUAUCACCAUAUCCGGUUUCGCCACUUCCUACUCCGGCAACCCCCUCACUGUCUAUGGUCUCGGCCAUUGCUUCUCCUACCUGUCCCACAUAAACUGCCAACUCUGCUACUCGCAGAGCAGGGUGAAGCUUCCCCACUGCCUCCCUUCUACCUCCGGCCGCAUCUACCUCGACGGAUGCUUCCUUGAGUACUCCGAUCGCAACGUCUCCGGCGACUCUGUAGACGAUGAAGACGCUUACUCUUGUAGCAAUACCACCGUCGAUAGGAAUACUCGACCGGUUUUCGCCAAACUGACAGCAGAUCUGAUGGAAAAUUUAACGGCUGAGGCGGGAGGAAACGCGAGUUAUUACAAGGUUGGAAGCGUGCAGGUGGAGCAGGGUGUGAAGGCAUAUGGGAUGGCGCAGUGUUGGAGAUCCCUGAAUUCGACGGGAUGCAGGGACUGUUUAGAUAAGGGGAGGAAAAACAUUGUUGGAAAGUGCUUGCCGGCUGAUGAUGGUAAAGCCAUGAAUGCUGGUUGUUUUCUCAGGUACUCCACGGAGCCGUUCUAUUUGAGUGGGAAUACCAGCAGCGGAGGGGAUUCUUCUGAUAAACUUACAGUUAUCAUUGUUGUAACUUCUGUUUUUGUGGCGCUAUUGGUGUUUGGAAUAAUAUUCUUCUGGUGGAAGAGGAGGUCGGCUUCUAGUUAUGGACAUGAUGAAGCCGAUGAGAAUCAUGAGAUCAUUAGAACAAUUACAAAUUCUCAUCUAAGUUUCAAAUAUGAAGAUUUGAUAAAAGCAACUGACAAUUUCAGUCAGAACAACAAGCUCGGCCAGGGGGGAUAUGGCGCUGUUUAUAAGGGGACUCUGCCGGAUGGAAAAGAAAUAGCUGUGAAGAGGCUUUUCUUUAAUACAAGGAGCUGGGUUGACCAGUUCUUCAAUGAAGUUACUCUGAUCAACCAAGUACAACACAAGAACCUUGUAAAGCUUCUGGGUUGCAGCGUUGAAGGACCUGAAAGCCUUCUUGUCUACGAGUUCCUUAGCAACACUAGCCUUGAUCACUACUUAUUUGAUGCAUUCAAGAAGACUGCGCUAAGUUGGCAAAGAAGAUUUAACAUUAUUGUCGGCACUGCAGAGGGCUUAUCUUAUCUCCACAAUGCCUCAGUAGUUAGGAUCAUACAUAGAGAUAUCAAAGCCAGCAAUGUAUUAUUGGAUGAGAACUUUAGGGCCAAAAUAUCUGAUUUUGGACUAGCAAGGUACUUCGCAGAGGAUCAGAGUCAUCUCAGCACUGGUCUAGCAGGAACUUUUGGCUACAUGGCUCCUGAAUAUAUAGUUCACGGGCAGCUGACUGAGAAAGCUGACAUCUAUAGCUACGGAGUCCUUGUUCUCGAAAUUGUCACUGGUCGUAAGAACCAAAACUCGAUAUCAACAUCAACAGAAGGUCAUUCUCUAAUGCAAGAGAUAUGGCAGAAUUACAACUCUGAUACACUAAUCAGGCUACUGGAUCGGGACCUUGAAGGAAAGUGCUCACAGGAAGAAGCUGUCAAGGUAUUCAAAGUAGGCCUUCUGUGCGUGCAGGCAUCUCCCUCACUGAGGCCACCAAUGUGGAAAGUAGUUGAGAUGCUAACAACUAAGUCAUGCAACAUGCCAACCCCUACUCAGCCUCCAUUCCUUAAUAGUCAUGGUGCACAAAAUGGACUCUCAGAGACGUCUUCUCUAUCAACCUCUAUGAAGUUCCCAGAUUUAGGUGAUCAGGCAUCACUGAAUCAAAUUUCAGUGAGCAUGUUUCAAGGGAGGUAAGGAAUUUGAAAUUAUCAUCUCUUGGAUUUAGUUUAUAGACGUAACUCUUCUUGGCCUGUUUGUUGAGAGCUUUGACUAUGAAUUAAAAGUUCUUCGAUUCAAGUAUUACAUAUACGAUAUGUGUAUGAUGAGUUCACAUCAAUUGGCCUGAAUAUUCACAAAAAAGAGAUUCAGUUUAUACUGCUCAGAAUAUGGUGAUGUUGCAUCUGGCGCAUGUUAGUAGAUGAUUCUUUUA